GCAUAAAUCUGGAAUUAAAAUAGAGACUAUUAUAAUGUCGUCUGCAUCUGGAAGCGGUGGUGUUAAUUUAAUUUCAUCGUUUUUAACUACCGUUAAAGCCGAUCUUGACAGCCCAGUGACAUCAAAUUUUGGAUCUCGGAUUUUUGAGUAUCGUUCUCAGGCUCAACAUAUUGCUGACGAACUAGAUGGUGAUGUUAUUUAUUUUGAUCGCAUUCGAAGAGUUUCUAAAGAAGUAGAGAAUCUUUUAGUUUCACUUUCAAGGCAGAUGUCGGCUCUGGGUUCGGUCGCCAAAGAAAGCGAAUCAAAUUUGGUCAGUGAUCAAAUACGUAACUGGAACAAUAAUAUGAUUCAUCCAUUGGAUUUGCUGAUGUCAGCUCCGAAUGAGUUGAGAAAUAAGGGGGUUGAUAAAGCAUGCAGAGAUUAUGACACUAAGUUUGUUAAAGCAGAGGCUGAGGCAAAAAAGCACGCCAAAUCAUGGGCUGUUGAAGAUGAUUUUUAUGGGAUUCUACAAACCGUUGGUAGUACUGUUACCAGGCAAAUACAGUCCGGUUAUUCACGAGGACAGUUCAGUCAUGGUGAAUUAGCAGAAGAGCUGACAAAUGAACGAGUUGCUGUAGAAUACGAGCUCUGUAAAUUCUUACUGGGUGUUGGUGGAGUGGAAGACAAGAAGAGUUCACAGUUAGUGCGUCACUUCCUAGAACUUUUUCGCGGCCAGCAACAAUGCUGUAUUGAACGUUUAAAAAUGACUGAACAAUUUCGAAGUGAUUUUGAAACUCUCGAAGAACGUAUGGCUGUUCGGAGUGCCAACUCUUGCCAACAGAGAAAUGCUCUUUUUGACUUGAAGACUCGUUUGGAAAGCGAUUAUGCUGGUCUUCGUCCUACAAUGAAUAGACGUGGUCGGACUGAGUCCUACAAUCGAGGUAGCAGAAUUUCAGUAGCAGACACGUAUGGCGGCACAAGCACCUCUAGCCUUGGUUUAGGGUCUUUUCCUGUUGCUGAUAAUGAAUCUUCACAAGAUCCUGUGUCAGGUUUUCAUAACUCAAGCGAAUCUUCCUCGCUUACCGGCUUUUUAUAUAAAAAAAGUAACAAGAAACUGCAUAAACAGUGGCAGAAAAGAAGAUGUAAAGUUCAGGAUGGCUGUUUCUGGCUUUCACAUUCUGAUGUAAGGUUUCGUCUGUUCGUCUUUUUUCUCAUCAUUUUCGAAUUCAAGAAUAUUUUCGAGUCCCUUGCGCCUGCUAAACUUAGUUUGUUAGUUUCUGAUUGCAAACCAUCUUCUGAAGGGCCGCGUAUGUUCGAUCUUUAUUGCCGGGAUAGAACUUAUCAUCUGCAAGCAGAGAGUGAGGCUGAAGCCAAAAGUAACAGAGAAUGGGGUGAAUGGAAGAAAUGUGUUUUAGCAGUACGAAAUUUGCCUGGAAAUCACGAGUGUGCUGACUGCUCAUCUACUGAAGAGGUACAGUGGCUGUCGAACACUGGCGCACUUGUUUGUAUAGCUUGCAGUGGAGCACAUCGGGAAUUAGGGGUUCAUGUUAGUCGUAUUCAGUCACUAGAUCUCGACGUUAUUUCUCCAGUCGAGUUUUUGUUGAUGACUUCUAAUCAGAUUCUUGAUGUCCGGAAUGCUUAUCAAGUUCGGAACCAAAGACGAUUUCAGAUUCCGCUUACUACGGGUAAUGCUGUAAUCAACCAUAUUUAUGAAAGUGAUGAGAGAAAUUGUAACAGAUGGAAACCUCGUGCAGGUUGUAACAGUACUGACCGACAAAACUUUAUUCAAUUGAAGUACCGAGAAAAAGCCUUCGUGCAGAAAAUUGAAGAUGCUGAUGUCCUGCUUCUUGAAGCUAUGAGGGAGCUGAAUGUUGAGAAAGCCUACAAGGCCCUAUUGAGUCCAAAUAUUACUUCUGUCGCCUUCGAAGAGCAUGGUCCAUUUUUAGACUUAAUACGACAAAACAACCCGCUGGGUUUACCAAUAAUUCAGCUCGUCGUUCAAUUGGGUUUACAGUGGACCUGUGAGAAGGGCCUUCCAAUACCAUCACCUGAAUUAAUAUUAAGGAAUUGUGUUCAGUCAGGAAAUUUGGAUGCUCUCUGCGUACUUCUUUAUAAUCGUUUUGGUAACAGCAAGGAAGAAGCAGUUUUACUGAGAGAUCUUGAAAAUUUAGCUCUCAAGUUAGGAUACACUGAAAUUACUGAAGUGCUGCGUAUCGCCCAAUCUUCUAGUCGUGGUCAGCUGAGUCAAAUAACUAUCCCCUGGUCUUUAGUUAUAUCUACAUCUAGUUCUGGUACAUUUUUGUUCACUUCAAUAUUUGCUAGAUUUUUGGAAUCAUUUUUUCCUAAAAAGUUUUAUUCCUUAUCGGGUUCUUUGAGUCAGUCUUCCUCCUCGAUAUCCCCCCUUGCUCGACCGUCUCCUGAAGUAAUUGUUGAACCCUUGCCGUCGCAAGUUAAUGUUUUAAUGCGUAAUGGAACAACAAUAGCAGUAGCUAGAGACAGUAGUAGCGUUCAAAAAGGAACACAUUUUGUUUCUCCAGAUGCCAAUCGUCGUUCAAUGAGUCCAUCAGAAAGUCACUCUCGCUUUUCCUCUGGUCCUUUAUACUCGUGUAGUACUUAUCCUGUAGCAAAUCCGUCAUGCUCUUUUAAAGGGUCUACGUUUGGUAAUUCGUCGAAUAACAAUCACUUUUUUAAAACUUUCAAAUCUGAAUUUGUGUCUUGUUUUAUUACAGGAUGUGCCUACAAUCCUCUUAACACUAACUCUUCAAAUUCAUCAAGCUCCUCUAAAAGUUUAUCCAAAAUGUUGGGAAUACAAGAAUUUAGCCCAAAUUCUGCAAAUGGAAAUAUUUCAUCUCAGCCGGUGGCUCAUCAUUCUGAAACAAGUGUUACGCGCUCAUUGACGCAUGUCACAGCCACCCCAAAUUACUAUGCUAAAGUAUACCAUUUUGAAGUUCCUGGUUCACUGAAGCUGAGCUCGGCAUCUGGUAAAUGUAAUUCACAUGAAGAAGAUUUAUCUCUCGCAUCUUCUGUUCCUUCUAGUCCAGCACCUAGUUUGCCUACUCAACCAAAGCCAAAAAUGUAUCAUCGUUCAGCCAGUGAAUAUAGUCAAGCAGUGACCAAUGUCGGGGCUUUACGGGAACUGCAUGAACAAAAGUUGUCUUCUGUUGCGCUUAGAAAGAACCUACCGACUGUUCCUGAUCGUAAGCUGCUUUUUGCAUUGUAUUCCUCCUUUAAAUGUUACUUAGGUUUUUUAAAACCAACCACUGGCAUGUCGUCUUCUUUUUCAAUGGCCAGUUCAUCUGUAAGUCUAGACCCAAUUCCUGCAGCUGAAACUGCUAAAAAGGACGAAAGGCAUCCUAAUGCAUCGAUGAAGGAGAGGGGUUUUGAGGAAGAUGGACUUAGCGGUGGAAAGACAGGUGGGCGAAAUAUUCCACUUGGCGACUUGGCGUUUGAUAGUGAGAAGAAAAAUAAGGCUUUAACAUCUUUCGACAACUCACGUACGAGUUUUGUGGGACCAAAUGAAAAGACAAGAUUGCCAAGUGCAAACAGUCAUGUCGAGAUGGCCGCUGCUUCAGACUUAAAAAAACCUCUACAUCCGAACUCUCCUUCAUCUGAAAUAACUCCAGUGGUUCCAAAAACUUCGAAGAACACGACUUCUGCGGCAUUGAAGUUGAAACCGCCUGUGCCUACCCCAAGAAGGGGUAUUGGAGUUGGUGAAGGACCUCAGAGGGAAUACAUACGUCGAUGUCGUGCUUUGUACGACUGCGUUGCUGAUAAUCCAGAUGAGCUUUCUUUCAAACAAGGGGAUGUCAUCGUAAUCAGUAAGGAACGUAUCGCCGGAGAAAACGACACUUGGAUGGAAGGGUAUUUAGCUAGCGAGCCGCAAAGGAAGGGUGUAUUCCCAAUUACUUUCUGGAGGUUAAAUCUGGAAGGAUGGAAGAAGUACAAUGAGAUUGAUGUAUAUUUGUUAGCCUCUAAUACUCAUAGAGUGGCAGACAAAAUGUAAUG